AUGUCAAGUUUAAAAAAACAAAGCUCAAUGUCACCAGCAAUCGCUUCAUCCUCAACUACAAACAACACUAUUGAUACUGCUAACCAGAUAGAAGAAAAUACAAACAUUGUAAAGUCAAUGAAAGAAACUUCGGUGAUUAUUGCAUUUUGUGAAAAAUUUGGUUCGCUCUUGAAGGGAAUUGAAUUUUGGCCAGAGGAACUUGAGUAUGCACUCGCACAAGAAGCACAGAGUGAACUGGUAGAAAAGAUACAUUGUGCAUUUCUAACUAAUUGUUUAAAUCGAAAGAGACUCAUAGAAGGAAAUGCAUGGAAAAAAAUCUUGUCAGAAACUAUUGAUAAAAAAAUUAAAAUGAAUAAUCAAUUCUAUCAAAAUUAUAAUCCCUUACGACAAGUCAACGACUAUUAUGAACUUGAUGUUGAAGAUAAAUCUAAUGUAAUACGAGAAGCCAUUUUUCAAAUCGGAAGAAAGGUUCGCAAUAAUGAUAUUGAUGUUUUGCCAUUUGGCGAAGAUAAAAAAGGACGCGGAUACUAUUAUUUUGGAAAGGGUGCAAGAAUUUAUCGUGAAACCACCAUCAUAAACAAAAGUAAAAAUCAAAAAAAAAUUAUUUGGGAGCCAAUAACAACCACACUUGAAGAAUUAGAAAACUAUAUCAAUAAUUCAAACGAGUUAAAGGCUUCAGCGGGAAAAGACAAACAACUUCGAAAUAAAAUUAAUAAUGAACUUAUUCCAAAAAUAAAACAGGAUAUUGAAGCAAAAGAGAAGCUUAAUGCAAAAAGAAUUCGUAAAGAAAAAAACGCACAACGUUUAGCAGAUACACUUGCAAAUAUUGAAAUCAUAUCAAGCAGGACACGUAGUGGUGCUAGAAGGGCAGCAGGUCUUGAUAAUAACACAUCAAGUACACGAAAUGACGACAAUUAUGUUACGUCUUCGAGUCAUUACAUGACAAGAUCUAAAAGAGUAUGUGAAAAUGAUAAAAUUGUAACUAAACGAAGAUAUGAAGAAAUUGCUGACGAAGAAGACAAAAACGACGGCUUUGAAGAGGAAGUAGUAGAAGAAGAUAGCAACACCAAUUAUGUUGAUGAUAAUUAUAUACUCAAUAAUAACACCACAAGUACCACUAGUAGAAGGAGAAAAAUAGAUGUUUCAAAUAACACCGAUAAUAACAUUAAUAAUAGUGUAAACGCAGUUUCAGUUGUAAUUAGUCCCGUCGAUACUAGUGAAAUAAUGACAGAACCCAUGAGUCGUUCGAUCUCUACAAGUUCCACCGCCUCCACAACUAGUAAUGGAUCAAAAGAAACAACAGGCACAGAAUCAUCUGUUCCCGAAUCCGUUAGCUCCAGAUAUAAGGAAAUAUUUGGAUCAGAAUCUGAAGUGGAACCCUCGGAACCCGAUGAAUAUGUAGUCUCUGAACCAGGAUCAAAUGACGAUGACGACGAAGACGAAGACACCGAAUCAGGCGAUUCAAGAAAAAACAAUAUAUUACCACCACCUGACAUAGAUUAUGCUACUCCUCCUAAAGAUAGUUUGAUUGAAGAUUUGAGGUUUGCACUUGAACAUGCUGGUGACUUAUAUGCUGAUGUAGCUUGGGAAUUCACAUUCACACUUGAUCAAACCAUUAUUUUUGCUCAUAAAGCAAUUUUAUAUGCAAGAAGUUCACGUUCAUUUCAAGAACGUUUUCUAAAAAAUAGAGAUUCAAAUGGAAUGUCCAUAAAAUCGGUCAGGUUGUCAAAUCUAGACUCCCUAAUUGACGCAAUAAUUGUUAAAACAGAUGCCGAUCCUAUUUUAUUUCAACAAGAAUUAAACUUUUUUUAUACUGGUGAGGAAGGUAGCGAGGAAUUUUUGGCAGCUGUAGACACAACAGAUGAAUUGGAACAGGAUAAAUUAAAGGAAGAUUUAAUAUACAUGUACAAAUCAAAAUUGUACACCGACAUUGAAAUAAUUUUGGAGUAUCCACCACAAGAUAACCUAGAAAUCAUAAGUGAAGAGGACGAAGAGUUAGAUUUAGUUAGAUCGGUGACUUUUAAAGCCCAUAAAUUCAUGUUAGCGGCAAGAUCUGAAUAUUUUAGGGAGAUUUUAAGCUCUUCAAAUCCUAUGGAUCCCAAGGCUGCUACCAUAUAUCUGGACACUUCAAUAUUCAGCCAAACUGCUUUUAAUAUGAUACUUGAAUAUAUUUAUACUGGUAAUUUACAAUAUUCAUUAACUUUAGAAACCUGUGAAUGGAUCUGGGUGGGUUCUUAUUAUUUAGGGAUAAAGAAUCUUUGCGAAGAUUGUAUUCAUAGAAUCGCAACAAGACUUCAUUAUUUCACAUGUACUUGUUCCGAGUGUCAAAUUGCUAUGCCCAGUGUUGCUGCUUUUGCAAAAGAAUACGAUGUUAAGAAAUUAUGGCAGGGUUGUUUACACGUUUUAACAAAAGGCUUUGAUAUUAUGUGGCCUCAUAAGAAUUUUGCUGAACUUGAUGGGAUAGUAAGGGAAGAAAUAUUGCUGGCACUCGUGACAAACAUUCAAAAUAGUGAUAUCAUGUCAAUAUUUAAAGGUUGUAGGAAAAUCAUAUCAACAAUCAAUGUCAAAAAUAUAACGGAUUCCCCUUGGAUAGGGGUAGUGCGCAAAAUGACUAAACAAGUGAAAUCUUCUGCCAUAAAGGUAUUAGUAGAAAAUUUUGAACAGGUAUGUAAUGAGGGACAUGAAUUUUUGGAUUGUGUUGAUGGAGUUGGUUAUAGUCAUGGAUUUUUAGAGGACAUUAUGUCAGGUGUUGUACAUGAAGGCUUGAAUGAACAGAAUUCUGCUAAAGUACUUAAAAGCAUAUCAAGUAAAUUAUUAACUAGACCUGCUGUUAUUAAUGCAAAAAGUAUUGAGACAAAAAGAAUAUUGGUUGAAUCAAAACAAUAUGUGUUUGAAUACAUGAAAAGACAUUGUUUGAAUAUAAGACAAAAUGGUGGUUUUAAAUUGUUAAACUCUUGGCUGCUAGAAGAAUUUUCACACAGUCUUGGCGUUAGUACUCAAGAACUACUGACAGUCGCCAAUCCAUCACAAACACACCAUAAUUUAAAGAACCGAAUAUCGCCUAGACCAAGUUUAUCAAGUUUGAGAAGCAUUUCUUCAAAAGAAACUACUAUAUUAACAGAAGAUCCAUCAGAAACAUCAAAAGAUUCAAAUCCAAUAACAGAACCUUUUGCAGAACCUUUUACAGAAUUCUCACCAAUAGUUAUAACAAAAGAAUCAAUAAAUGGUCCAUCUAUCAGAUCAUCUAAAUCAACUUCAAAUCUCAAAGUUCCUAAUGGAUCUGUUGUUUCACCAUCUGUUUCACCAUCGAGAUAUGGAGGAGUAAGGCAAACAAGGUCUAGUAUAUUGCGACAAAUGAAAUAUGAUAAUACAGAUCAAAAACGUGGACGUGAUAGAGAACGCAGCGGUAUCUCACCAAACUCAUCAAGAGCAAAUUCUAUAGUAUCUGUAUCAUCGGUCACAAGCAACGCAACAACAACAUCAUCACAUCAUCAACGUAGAAAGCGAUCGCCAUCACGAAAUUCACAAGCAGCAUCCAUUGUCUCACCAUUUUCGGGUAAUUUAGUUACCAGUAUACAACCCAAGCCAUUUCAAAUCAAGUUUGCCACAUCUCUCAAUCCUGAUAUUUCGAUUGGUAGGCGUGUUAUAAUUCCAACCAAGGGUAAUGCAUCCGGUACCAUACAAUUUUUGGGUGAGACUGAAUUUGCCAAAGGUAUUUGGGUUGGAGUAGAAUUGGAUGAUUCUGAUGGCAAGAAUAAUGGAACCGUGGCAAACAUAAAAUAUUUUGCAGCUGCAAAUAAUCAUGACAUUUUUAAUUUUUUAAUUUAA